AUGGACCCAAGCCGCGACAGCCUUCCAUUAUACAGCCCAGAUGCGGGGCAGCGGCAGCUGCUGCGGCCCCCUCUCUUCCCGGGCGCGCUGGAGGACCGACUGUUCACCGCGGUCAAUUCCGUCCGGCAUUACAACGCGAACGCACACCGCCUACUCGUGGCGCUCGAGCUCAGGCUCAACCCGGAGCUGUUCUACGCGGGGACGGAAGGCCCCGAUGCGCCUACGUGGUCGUGA